AUGUCAAGCUCCAACAUGAAGAGCCUGAGCAUUUCAAUAGUCAUCGGUGCUUUUUCACCCAUAAUCAAUGCUGCCUUGGCCCCGGCAGCCACGGGCCUUUCUUAUGUUGUCCCUCCCCCAUCAUCUAAUGGCGGUAAGUAUCUUUUUGCUGAAUUUAUGGUCACUGGUCAGGCUGGCCCAUGUGCAGGCAAUUCUGGAAACAUCACUCGUCUUGGAAUACCCAAGAUGUGCUUCCAGGACGGUCCAGCUGGUGUUCGACCUGCACUUGGACAUACCCAAUUCCCUUCCAGUCUUACUACUGCAGCAACCUGGGAUGUUGAACUUAUGUACAACCGCUCUUAUGCUAUGGGCAAAGAGUAUGCAGACCCUUAUGGCACCGGAACCGCAAGCUGGUGUGGAGUCAAAGGCAUGAUGGACUCCGGUGUUCAGAGCUGCUCGAAGCACUAUACUGUCUACGAGCAAGAGACCUAUCGAAAUCCAUUGAACUUCACGGAACCCUACAGCAUCUACAAUGCCUCGCAGCAACUCCCCAUCUCAAGCAAUGUAGACGACAAAACCAACCAUGAAAUCUACCUCUGGUCAUUUGCCGAGGCUGUGAGGGCCGGUAAAACCCAUGUGAUGUGUGCUUACAAUUCUAUCAAUGGAACGCAUGCUUGUGCAAAUUCAGAAUCCAACAAUGGAGCACUCAAGGGCGAGCUCAACUUCCAGGGCGCUCUCAUCAGUGAUUGGGGAGGAACUUGGGGAACGGAAGGUUUCGUGAUGGGAGGUCUCGACGUCAACAUGCCCGGUCUAGGCUAUGGAAAUAUCUUGGGGCCUUUCUAUGAUCAAGAGCUGUUGAAGAUGGUUGAAAAUGGCACCAUCUCUGAGACUCGCCUCGAUGACAUGGUGGUGUGUGUCGUCACUCCACUCAUCUCAACUGGCCAACUAGACAACCCCCUCCCGUCUACCGUCAUCAAUUCGGUGGGGAUUGCCAACUGGCCGGUGCCCGUCACUUACCGAAAUGUUCAGCAAGAGAGUACAGUCGAAUUGAUCAGGAAAAUAUCCGCCGAUGGAACGAUACUCCUUAAGAAUACUGGUGGUCUUCCAUUGAAAGCCCCGCAGAAUAUUGCCGUCAUAGGUCAAGAUGCAGGCCCCAACAUCCUUGGUCUCCAGGGUUGCGGCAAGCUCUUUCGAGAUUGCGGAAUUCUCAACAACAACGGCACACUUUCAAUGGGCGGUGGAUCAGGGUACGCAUGGCCACAGAACCUCAUCACUCCAUUGGAAGCAAUCCAAACCAAAGCCCUGGACUCUCGCUCUCUCGUCCAGUUCGUACUUCAGAACACAGCUACGAGCGUUAUUGCCGAGACCAUCACUGGAUCUGCUCUUCCUAUCGGACAGCCUGAUGUGUGUCUUGUAUUUGCGGAGAGAUACAUGAGAGAAAAUAUGGAUAGGAAUGACUUGGGUCUAAAUAUCGCGAACUGGACACACUCGGAAGACAUUAUUCUUCAGACGGCUGCGAGUUGCAAUAACACGAUUGUUGUUUUGCAUGUAGGGGGACCCGUCAUUAUGGAGGCGUGGAUCGAUCACCCCAAUAUCACAGCUGUGGUUGCUCCGCUCUUCCCUGGUGAGCAGACUGGUCCUGGAUUAGUGGAUGUCUUGUGGGGACAUGUAUCUCCGAGCGGCAAAUUGCCCUUCACCAUUGGCAAGAGCGAGUCCGACUACCCUCCAAACACCAUCUCAUACGACCACAGCAUUAGCCCUCAAUCUAACUUCACCGAGAAGCUCAAGAUUGACUACAGGUGGUUUGACACCUACAACAUUACCCCUCGUUUCGAAUUCGGCUUUGGCUUGACAUAUUCCACGUUUGAAUACUGCAAUAUCAGUCUGGCCAACACACCGAGUGCAGAUGCACUCGCCAUCCAAGAAACGAAAGAGACCUUCGUCAACCAAACAGCUGGAGAGUCCAUCUACGACAUCCUCGUCACUGUUUCUGCCCGGGUGAAGAAUACCGGUGACUGGGCCGCUUCGGAAGUUGCGCAGCUUUACGUCGAGUUCCCCGCCAUCGAAGAUCAACCGCCAAAGGCUCUCCGCGGCUUCACGAAGCUGAAGGAUAUGGCUCCAGGAUCUGGAUAUGCCAAUCUUGGCGUUAGCAUUCGUCGGAAAGAUGUCAUGGUCUGGGAUGUUGUGCUGCAGAAAUGGAGGCUUCCUCAAGGAAGUGUCAAGUUCCUCGUUGGUGCUAGCUCGAGGAUUCUUCCUUUGGUGAGCUGUGCCUUCCCUGCGGUGGAAUGUUACCUUUGCUAA